AUGGCAGCCGGGGGACGCUGGCUCGCCGGUCAGCGAGCGGCCCUGAGGAGCCAAUGGGAGUGGCGUGAGGAUGUGGCCCGCGGUGAUGACGUAGCGGCGGAGCGACGCGGGGAGCGGUCGGGGUCAGCGGGAUGGAGGUGGCUGCCGGAGCUCCGGCCUUGUGGCGCUGGCUGGGGCAGUGCCGGCUCCACCGCUGCGGGGCGGGUAGGGGCUCAGGCCGGCUCCCAAGCCCGCCCACCUCUGACCCGGCGCGGCAUCGUCCUGAACGACGGCCGCAGGCCUCGUGUCCGGGGAAGGUGGCCUUUGCCCGCCGGAGGGGUGUCCCGCAGGCUGUGCAGCACGCGGGUGUCUGUGGAGGGCAUCAACAAGGCCGUCGUAGACCGCAUCAUCCGGGUGGACCAUGCCGGGGAGUACGGGGCGAACCGCAUUUAUGCGGGACAGAUGGCAGUCCUGGGCAGAUCGAGCGUGGGACCCAUAAUCCAGCAAAUGUGGAAUCAAGAGAAAGCCCACCUGAAAAAGUUCAAUGAGCUAAUGGUUGCCUACAGAGUUCGACCUACUGUUUUAUUGCCUUUUUGGAACGUAGCAGGUUUUGUUCUAGGGGCUGGAAGUGCUUUACUGGGAAAGAAAGGUGCAAUGGCUUGCACAGUGGCAGUGGAAGAGAGCAUAUCAAAUCACUACAAUAACCAGAUCCGAACUCUGAUAGAAGAAGACCCAGAAAAGUACAAAGAACUAUUGCAGACAAUAAAGCAGUUUCGGGAUGAUGAACUGGAGCACCAUGACAUUGGACUUGAGCACGAUGCAGAAGCAGCACCAGUUUAUUCAGUUUUGAAGACAGCCAUACAACUUGGAUGCAAAGCUGCAAUAUUUUUAUCAGAAAGAAUUUAGUGAUAUUUUCUGCACUUAUUUGUGAUAAUAAACUGUGAAACAGAAGUGUGUGGAAA